AUGAAGUACUGCGGGGCCGGCAGGACGCUCUGCGACGUCUCCCAGCCGUGCAAAAGUGGCGGGUGCGCGUACGACAAGAUCUACCAGUGGACGGGUGAGGAAUGCCAACCCGGCGACGCGAAUUACCCGGCCUGGUGCGUGCCGACCCCGACGCCGACGUCAAGUCCUACGGCUAUCCCGACGGCCGGGCCGACGGCCUUGCCUACGGCUAGCCCGACGUCCGCUCCUACGGCUAGCCCGACGGCCGGGCCGACGGCCUUGCCGACACCUGUGCCCACGGCCACGCCGACGGCUGGCCCGACGUCGCGGCCGACGCCGGUGCCGACAGUCACGCCUGUGCCCAUUCCUGUGCCGACGCCGGCGCCGACGCUCGGGCCUACUCUGAGCCCGACAGUCUCCGCGGCGCCGACGGUCGCGCCUUCAUCGGACCCCACGGGCGCGCCGACGGCCGGACCGUCACCCGCACCGUCGAGCACACCGACGAGCGCCCCGUCGUCCGCGCCUACCUUGGCUCCUACGGCAUCCUCGGCGCCUACGUCAGCGUGGACGUGCCCGGCCGGCACGUUCUGGAACCGGGAGGGCCAGUGCGAGGCAUGCUCUGCCCUUCAAGACGAGUGCAAGGACUGCGAGUGCGACGACUUCUCCGGUGAGUUUGCGGCCGUGGCGAAAAACUGCAAGGCGGCCUGCCUAGUGUAGGCCGCCGGCCGCGGGCUAGCAAGAGCCCGCGCCGCCCUCGACGUAAACCCCGG